UUUUUAUUUGGAAUCAAAGGGAGAGCUAUUCGUCAAAAACAGAAAUGAACAUUUUUUUUUCUCUGUUUUUUCUUACUCCACACUGAAUCGCAUGCCAUUGAAGACAUACAUCUGGCGUUAUUGAUUUUCUUACAUACUGACUAUUUUAAUAUUUAAUACCGUUUCUUUACAGCAACAAUAUUUAUUUGAUUUUAUUUUAUCUGUGUCAAAUCUGUUGUCAAGAUUUUGAAAAAUAUAGCGAAUCACUUGUAAAAAAAAAAGAGAGAAUAAUUAGAGCAGUGAUUUAUUAUGAGCAACAAUAUACAAAAUACAGGCAAUAAUCCUCAACCAUGGGUUUUAUCAGCAGCUCCUGGGCAUGGAGCGUUCAAUUAUGCAGUAGUAAGGCCGCCUCAUGGGUCUGUAUUACCGAUACCUCCUCAGCAACCAUUGACCAAUCAUCAAUGUCAACCUGUGUCGUCGCCACGAACAUCCUUACAGUCUCCUCUCGCACAUCAACUAACACCGCAACCCCAUACACCGCCUUCACAGACUACAUCACUUUUACUACAGCAUCAGCAGCAACUGCAGCAACAACACCAGGCAGUGAAGUUUGAAGAUCAAACAAUGUCUUUACAUAAUCAAGCUAUUGACUUUCAGCAGCAGCCGCCACGACAAGCACCACAACAACAGCAGUCAACAUCAAAGCAUAAACCUACAAGGGCAGUGAUACCAUCCAAAAGAGCAGCUCAAAAUCGGGCAGCACAAAAAGCAUUUCGGCAAAGACGUGAACAAUAUAUCAAAGAAUUGGAGCAGAAAGCAAAGGAAAUGGAUGAAUGGCAUGAUGAAUUAGACAAUCUUAGAAAACGAAAUAGUGAUUUACAGAAAAGGAUGGCAUUAUUAGAAAAACAAAUUGUCUUAUUGACUGGAGGCGAUACGAGUAAAAUAAUAGAAAUAGACAAUCAAUUAAGAGCAGAAGCACAAGCACAAGCACAAGCAGAAGUAGAAGCAGCAGCAGCAGCAGCGACAUCAUUAUCAGAUAACACAACGUCUGCGAUUCUUUCAGAGAAUGAAUUAACACAAAGCCCGGAGCGAGAGUUACCGCGUCCACUAUCUCAAUCGACGGAUCGGGAUGGAACAUUAGCAAGCAGUAGUCAUAAAGGAAGCACAUCUCCUGUGAGUUCCCGUUCAAUGUCAGUAGCUUCAGGAAAACAAUCACAUACAGAAUCUCGUCUUCGGAACGAGCAGUUAAUCUCGAAAGAGGAGAAUAGGAGUACUGUCAUCAGUCAUGAUGGCAACAGUAGUAGGAUGGAGAACAGAGGGUCUGAGAGUGAAGGAAGGUCAUUCACGCCCGCAUCGUUACAAAUGCCCAAUAAAAUUGUAAAUAAUGGUAUUACAACGUACAACGCAUCUGACCAAGCUAAAAGGGCAGCAAUGGACAAUAGUAUAUCAGAAUCACCAAAUGAUGAGAAACGACGGAAACUAGAGACUGCUGUAUUCACCGGCACCACUAUCACCAACACUACUACUCAUACUCCGUCUACCACUGAUCACGUUUCUAUACCAGCUACACCACCAACACAAGUCAUGAACACGAAUAUAAAUUCAAUAAUACUACCUAUUCAACACCAGCAGCAAGAUCAGCAGCAGCAACAGCAAAUUCAAAAUCAACCUCAAAAUGCCUUCUGGAAUAAUGCCGCUGCCAAUCCACCCAAUGCAAAACCAGCUUCAAGUACCGCUGGUAACAAUGCUGCUGUUGGACUAAAUGCCGUUAUGGGCAACUUUGACCUUGAGUUCGAUUUUGAUCCUUUCUUUGAGGAUGAAUUUGGACCCACAAUGUCGAACAAUAACAACGACUUCUUGGCUAAUGCCAAUAGCGGACAAGUGUUGGAUGAUCUGUUUGCUAUGCUACAAACUAGACAAAGACCACAAAUUCCACUCAUACCUACUGAAGAUAACCUUGAUUUAAUGUCUGCUGCAACAACAACGAGCAACAAUCACACUAUAGGAAAGUAAAACGAGAAGCGUUCAUGAAUAGAAGUUGCAUCACCAGUACCCAUCAUUAUUAGUUUUUCUCUUUUUUGUUACCCUUCUUGCCCGCAAUGUGUAUCGUUCAUAUCCCCUUCCUUUCCUGUCGUUUCCUUUGUUUCUCUUCAUUGAAUGUACCUGUUUCUAUAAUAUAAUUGUAAUUUUAUCGUUGUAAUAAUACUGUUACGAUAACUAUAAACAAACAACAAAGCCUAUGAUGCAAAUUCAGCUCGUUAACAUUUGAAAAUAAGGAAUAAUAUUUUUACCAUUUUUAAUGUCAAAGGUUAUUACGGGAGGAGAAAAUGUUAGUCUUUGAGAUGGCUUCCUUGAUCCAAGAAAGUUUUUCCCGGAGGGGGUG